AUGGCAUGGGACAUUACACGCAGUGACCUUCAAUUAUUCGCCAAAAGUCUCGACCUAACCAGGAUUAUGCGCUUGACAGUGAACGGAAGCUGCUUCAAGAAGGCCUCGUUCGAUUUAUACAGGAGGCGCCGAUUUAAGCCUAUUGUGGAUCUCAUGGUUAAGGGACGGGCCAAGCGACUAGUACUUAAGGAGAUCGGCGAAUUCUACGUGCGUAUCGGCGACUCCCCUAAAACUAAGGACCCUCAACUUCAGCAGCUUCAAGUGCUCGUGAUUGAUUCUGAACUCUCCUUGAAAGAACAGGUCAAGGGCAAGGGCAGAAACAGUGGCGCCAGGACGGGUUUCGAAACCAUCCUCGAGUGCUGCUCCUCUGUGACCGAACUGACGUUCAACGCCGAUGAUCCACACAUCCCACUCAACCUUAUAGCGAACAAGAUCAGCCUUCUUCAACGUCUCGAAAAGAGCCGGCAACUUACCGAGGUCUGUAUCGGGUGCCGUCCCGAACGCACUCUGGCCGUCAUUGACCUGAUCACAUCGACAAGAGUUGCCAUUAUCCAAGAGGACGGGCUGAGUACACUCUGCAAACUGGGGCUCUCCGAGGAUGUCGACUCCAUGGACAAGAACAUUGUCAACAUAACCAUCGACUUUCCCAACGGCACUGAUGCGCCUAGCAUAUCUACUAAUAUCACCAUGCGCGCAACCGAUCCAGCGGUAAAGUUCAGUCCUCUCUGGGAGAUCUUCAGUCGAUACGGCUGGUCCAUCAAACGACUGGAAACGAACCAAGCAUUCACUGACGACCUCGCCAAGCUAAUUGAUAACGACGAUGGAAACAAGAGACCGCAGCUCGCGUCGCUGACGCUGAAUCCGACUUCGUUGACUAUGGACGGAAUUCGGCGCAUGUGCAGCGCCAUCGAUUACGCAAGGUCUCAAAACAUAGGACCUCAGUUGGAGCUUGGUUUCUGCUUCGAUCUACUGGGUAAUGAUCUCCAUCAUCAAAAGACGGCGUGCCUGAUUAUCCAGUACCAAGCGGCAUUGAAAUCGCUGACGGUACAUAGAGGUCCGACUAGUCCAGAGAUGUCCGAAAUUACAAUAACCGGCUUACUAAGGCGCUGCUUCCCAGAGCUUGGUAUAUUCAAGAUCGCUUGUUCAAGCAAGGCAGAGCUUUCAAAGCGCUGCAUCGAAUGGGUUUCCGAUAUGUUCGUGGCCCCACCUCUACAGGAGACACCCUCAUCGUCCGCUCAACCAUCCUCGCUCGGAUCCCCAGCUGAAAGGUCUCUAUAUACCGUAUCCCAUACACUUAAAGCAUGGCAAUCGUUAAAGGAGAUCCAGAUCGAGCAUGCGGUUCUCAACCCGGGGCACUGGAUAUUUCUGAUCUACAGCAUCGACUUCUCUGCGCUGGAAAACCUGAGCUUCAAGGGAUCCAACUUCUCGUCUGAACAAUUUGAGAUUUUGGUGAAAAAAGUAUCCAGCCUCGAAUGUGUAGCACCAUUGAAGACGCUACAUGUUGAUGGCACAGAUUUAACUAUAAAAAAUCCUAGUGAGCUUUGGGUAUCGAUAUUAGCAUUCCAAAACAAGGCGCCGAAUGUGAAGAUCGAAGGGCUGUGA